CUUAAUUCGAUCACACACCGCACCAACCACUCCCUUUACACCAAGAUUUCAAAAAAAAAAAGAUGGCUGGAUCCGACGACUCCGGCCGCGCUCCGGUGGCGUCGAUCGGUCUCUGACGCCGUCGACGGCGUCGUUCAGAACCUUGCUGCUCCAGAAGACAAAGCAAAAUUACCAUUGAUUGACAGUGGUUUCCACUAAGUGGCUUGUGUGUUAGAAGAACCAGCGGCGGCGGCGGCGGCGAUGUCGGAGCCGGUGGUGGUCGUGGGCGGGUGGGCGAGCCCGUUCGUAACGCGAGUGUGCAUCGCGCUCAGGCUCAAGGGCGUGGAGUACGAGUUCCUCCAGGAAGCGGUGGGCAGGAAGAGCGAGCUGCUGCUCAGGUCCAACCCCGUCUACAGGAAGAUGCCCGUGCUGCUCCACGGCGGCCGCCCCGUCUGCGAGUCCCUGGUCAUCGUGCAGUACGUCGACGAAGCUUUCUCCGCCGCCGGGAAGCCCAUUCUUCCGGCCGACCCCUACCGCCGCGCCGUCCACCGGUUCUGGGCAGAGUACGCCGACGCCAAGCUCCAUUCACCACUUCGGACACUGAGAGGUAUGGUCGGCGGCGACAAGGCCGAUGCCGCGGAGCAGGUGUCCGCCGCGCUCCGGCAGCUCGAGGAGGCCUUCCUGGAGUGCAGCGGCGGGAAGCGCUACUUCGGUGGGGAUGACGUCGGCUUCCUGGACAUCGUCGUUGGCUCCUACAUCGGGUGGUUCGGAGCCGCGGAGAGGAUCGCUGGGCUUCCCGUCCUCGACGAGGCCAGAACGCCGCGGCUGGCGGCCUGGGCGGUGCGGUUCUGCGCGCACGACGCCGUCGGGGACCUCGUGCCCGACGCCGCCAGGCUCGUUGAGUUCGGCGAGGUGCUCCGCGCGGCGCUGGCGGCCAACGCUUCCUCCCGGCCGUGAGGCGCCGCCGUGCCGGGGCCUCGGCGAGGGGAUCCAGCUCCAAGGCUCCAGUCUGGUUGGUUGGGUUCACUUGUCCCUACAGACCCGCACAUACGUCUCUGAAUAAACAAGGGUAAUAUUAUUCAGCGAACUUUGCUAGACUUACAGACGCAAGCCACGGAAAUUAUUUACGGACUGAGCUGGACAUGUUUAACUGGAAACUGGGGGCAGUGGGACCCGUCCUUGAAAUCAGCGGGGGAGAGGGAUUGGUCAUUGGUUAGUGGGGUGCAGUCCGUAAGAUUCAUAUGUAUAUUGCCCGUAAGUGUAGCAUUUUUGAUUAUUCAGCGAAUGUUCGCCGGAGGUGCAUGUUAAAACAGAA